AAAUAGAGGUUGUCAUGACUCAAGCCGCUGCCUUUAGCUCGAUUCACACACACGCACACUCACUGCAGUGUGUUAAAGAAUAACAUAUAGAACCAGCGUUCAUGCGGAAUCAGCGUUCGGCCUGUGGAGUUUAACCCACAGUGUUUGCGAGAUGAGGGCACUGACUUUACAGCCAAUGGAGCAGCAGCAGCAGCAGCAGCAGCAGACCACACAUGGGAGAAGUCUGUCCUCCAACUACGCGCCGUUGAAUCUGGAGAAUAAAUACUUAGCUCAGAGCUCCAUGGCGAUGCCCCAGCCUUCUCCGUCACUCAUAGGUUUUUCAGCCCAACUCUCAUCCUGCUCCUCUCUCCAGCCGUCCAGUCUCUGUUCCACGACCUCCUCCCUUCUCUCUACCUCUUCACUCACCUCUUCUCUCCUCAGCACCCAGAAUACGCUCCUCACCAAUGAUUCCCCUAGUUUCUCCUUUGAUGUGACCUCCUCUGUCCCCCAUAACACUUUGCCCUUCACAUCCCUGGCCAGCAGUGCUUUCCUCAGUCGAUUUGCAAAUCCUCCGUCAUUCCUGCAUCAUGAUCUGGGUGGAGAUCAGCAGCAGGACGUCGCAGGAAGCGAAAGUGGAUUGGAAAUAUCUGAAGUAAUGCCGUCCAGCUUUAAAACAACAAGUGUGUACUCUACGGAAGAUGAGUCUGCCUCUGGAGAGGACAGUGAUGAAGAAGAGGAAGAACAGGAAAUGGAGGUGCUCAACAUGGAAAUGGACCCAACUGUGUCCGUCGGCCAUGAGGAAUUUGCUGAGUUUGAUCAAGGAAAGGAAAGUAUGGAGGAGGAGCUAAAGGACCUAAAGUAUCAGCUGCUGAACUUAGUGUGCUGCUCCCUGGUCAGUAAGAGCCCAGCUCCAGGAGAGAACGAGUGGGACUUUGUGAACAGUGUUUGGAGUGAAAUCACAAACCUGGCUAAUGAAAUUUCUGUCAAUGACCCAGAGUUUCUUCUCAAGGUGGCUGUUUAUGCUCGACAGGAGCUGAACAUCCGUAUCACAGCAAACUUCUUGUUGGCUCUGGCUGCCAAUCAGACCCCCACGAAGCCUCAUGUCCGCAGAUACUUCAGUGCCGCUGUGCAGUUGCCCUCUGAUUGGCUAGAAAUAGUCAGAAUCUAUAGCACGUGCUUCAGCCACUCAUUGCCAAUGUGCCUGAAGAAAGCAUUGGCUGACAAGUUCAAGGAGUUCAGCGAGUAUCAGCUGGCCAAAUACAACACACGCAAACACCGCUGCAAACACAGACCCAAAACCCGCAAAGGAAAGAAACCAACCGAUGAGCAGCUCAGAGAGUGGGCAGUCAAGCUCAGAUCAGAUGCAACUCUCCUCAAGAACUUUAUGAAGCUGGAGGAAAAAAAAGCAGUGGUGGUGGAUAAAAAGCAGAGUGACUUCAAUUUGAAGAAGAUGAUCAAGAGGCUUCACAUUAAAGAACCGGCUGAACAUGUUAUGGCCAUUUUGGGGAAAAAGUAUCCUGCUGACCUGAAGGCGUACAACCACAGUGGGAUGAGGGGUGCAUGGGACAGGGAGCGAGCCGGGCAGCGGAUGAAACUCAAACAGCCAGAGACGUGGGAGCGCCUGCUCAGUCUGGAGGGCAACAAGGCCGCCACCUGGGAGAAACUCAUCGACAACAAGUCUCUGCCAUUCAUGGCCAUGCUGAGGAACCUGAGGAACAUGAUCUCACAGGGCAUCAGUGAGGCUCAUCAUAGGAAGAUCCUCAGCAGACUGACCUAUAAGAAAGCCAUCGUUCAGAGCCGACAGCUUCCUUUCAGAUUUCUUGCUGCCUACAAAGCCAUCAUGGAGCUUCAACCUUUUGCAUCCACAUCACAGACGGCAGUUCCCUCUGUGACAAAAAUCCUGGCGGGAAUCCUGAAGGGGAUUCCCAGAUCCAAGCGUAACAGGUGUCUGGACUGGGAGACGACCAACAGAAGCCGGCUGAAGGUUACACUCGGCGUGCCAUUCAUCUAUCAAAAAUACAAGGCCAGGAAAGCCCAGUUCACCAAGGCCAAUCAGAGGCUGUACACCACUGAUCUCUUGCAACGUUACCUCAAAGCUCUGGAGACGGCGGUUCAGAUCUCCUGCCAUUACAACGUGCCCCCACUCCCUGGACGAACCGUUAUACUCCUCUCCAGCUACAUGCUACGUUACAAUUUUGGGAAUUCUUGCCAGAAAGUUGAUUUCUGUCUCCCGCCGGACCCUGAGCAAAAAGAUGAAGAGAAGAAUAAGAAAGAGGAGGAGGAAGAAGAGGAGAAGGAUGACGAUUGGGAGGACCAGGAGGAGGAUGAGGAGGAGAAUGAGGAGAAGAAAGAGGAGGAGGCAGAGGAAGAGGAGGAGGCACAGAAGGUCUCAUUUACAAGAAGGAAGAAAAAGGAGGAGGAGAAGUCCAAGCCCACUCCCUCACUGAUGGAGUUGGCACUUCUGCUCUCUUUGAUGAUCAAGAACAGUGCCGAGGACUCCCAGCUCUACUUACUUAAUGAGGAACAUGUUGAAGAAGUAAAGCUGAAGUCUGAUGUCCUUUUGGAAAAUGUUAGAAUCGUCAUGAAGCAAAUCAAGUCAUGUGAGCAGGUGGCAUACAGUGACAGAAAUGAUAAUUAUCUUCCGAAAAUAUUUGAGAAAAACAAGAUCGACAACAUCAUCGUUGUGGGUACAGGCUGGAACCGUUAUGUCAACUACAUCGUCAACUGCUACAGGAAAGAAAGAAACAACAAAGCCCUCUUUGUGAAAAUGUUAUUAGAGGGUUCCAGGUACGAUGACUGCGUAUUUGACAGGAACACUAUGACGAUUAAGGGCUUCAGUGAGCAAAUCCUGAGGUUUGUGGCAGAACGGGGAUCGUCAAGGCUUUUGGAUCAUGUGGAGCAUUUGGACAAACUAUAUAAGGUCCCACCACCUGCAGGAGCAAAAAGUCCUCACACCACAAACAGUGUUGUCCCAAUACCAGCCAGCCCCAAGUUGAGGUGGCGGUGUGUGCGUGUGUUUAUCUCCUCCACCUUCAGAGACAUGCACGCCGAGCGUGACAUCUUGGUGCGGAGUGUCUUCCCAGAGCUCCGGCGUCGGGCUGCAUCGCACUGCCUGUACCUGCAGGAAGUGGAGCUGCGCUGGGGUGUGACGGAGGAGGAGUCGGGUCGAGCCACAGAGCUGUGCCUGUCAGAGGUGUGUCGUUGCCAGAUGAUGGUGGCAAUCCUGGGGGAGAGGUAUGGCCUGGUGUCUUCCACACCAGUCCUCCCUGACCUGCCGCAGUACAAAUGGCUAAAAUCGGCCCCAGCAGGUCUGUCCAUGACAGAGAUGGAGAUCCGUCAGUUUGAGGCUCUUUUCCCGGAUACAUUUCACCAGCGAAUGUUCUGCUUCUUCAGAGAUCCAGAUAUCACCACGUCAGUUCCAGUCGCUUGGAGAUCGGACUUUGCACCGGAAUCACAGGGGGCUGAGGCUAAAAUGGCCUCUUUGAAAAGUAUGAUCAGAGAAAGUGAUGUCAAGGUCACUGAAAAUUACUCAUGCAAGUGGGGUGGUGUUGUGGAAGGAAAACCAUAUCUGAAAAACCUGGAGGACUUUGGUAAAGCUGUGCUGGAAGAUCUGUGGGUCGCAGUCAUGAAACAGUUUGUGGAAGAGGACGACGAGGCUGAGGCUGCAGCAGAUGUGACUGAGCAGGAGGCGCACCAGGGAGCACUGCAGAGGCAGUUCUUUGGCAGAGGGAAGCUACUAACCGCAGCUGUGGAGAUGGUGGAACAGGUCCAGACGAAAGGAGGGCUGAUGAUUGUGGAGGGAGGACCUGGAGAAGGAAAAACUGUGUUCAUGGCUGCCCUCGCAGACGCCCUCAGGACUGGAGUCGAGUCCAGGAAUAAACUCGCCUGUGAUGUCAUCUCCUACUCAACAGCUGCCAGCCAAUCAGCACGCUCUGUUGAGAACCUUCUGCGCUGCCUCAUUCAGUGGUUCAGGAAAUUUAAAGAUACUGAGCAGCAGUCGCCUCUUCCCCACUCCUACAAAGAUUUGCUGUCAGAAUUUCAUUCUAUGUGGAGCGACGUGAAGAGAAACAAACCUCUGUUGCUGAUCAUUGAUGGGGUGGAUGAAGUCCGAGACGACGGAGGUCAAGUCAGUUCUGACUGGAUACCAGAGCAACUUACAAAGAGUGUUUGUUUGGUCGUAAGCAUCGCGUCUAAAGCUGCUCUUUUGCAAACCCUGGCCAAGAAGCGAAACACCUUCCUGUUUUCGCUGGGACAGCUCACUGUGCCAGACCGCAAGAAGAUAGUUCAGAGGGGACUGGACACCUUUGGGAAGAAGCUCAGUGACUCUGCUUUCAACAACCAGCUCCAAACCCUGAUCAUGAAGAAAGGAGCAGGGAGUCCUCUCUACCUGCACUUGGCCUGUGAGGACCUCAAGAACUUUGCUUCCUUUGAUAAGUUGAAGGAAACUGUGCAAGGUUUACCUCAGUCUCUGAGCCAGCUGGUGCAGCACAGCCUCGACAGGCUCUGCUCUCAACACAGAGGCAUGCUGGGACUCCGCUGGGCCCUGGCAGCUCUCACUGUCAGCCCCAAUGGCCUGAGGGAGAGAGACUUGUACUCUGUCCUGAACACGUGCAAUUACCUGUCCUCAUGUGGCGAGCAGGUGUCAUGGCAGGAAGUGCUUCAACUGUCCAGGAAGCCCAAAGGACGCGUCCCCAUGGCAACCUUCACCCUUAUGGUGCAGAGUUUACAAAGUCUGAUCGAUCCGUCUCAUUGCUACAACACUGAUGACUGGCUGGUUCUAACAAACCCUGUGGUGAAACAGGCCUUUGAAGAAUUUCUCCUCCCAAAAGAAAGCAGCAGGACCAAAGCUCACCUCGCACUGGCUGCUCACCUGUGGACGCUCGCUGACCCCCAAGGAGCAGAGACCUUCUUUCACACUGAGACCAACUCCAUUAUGCACCUGCCUUUAAGCCUGAUUCAAAGUGGUCAGACGGAUGCUCUCUAUUCCCUGCUGUCCAACUACUACUUCCUGUAUGCUUGUGUGCACCAAGGCCUCCUGCACCACCUCCUGGAAACCUACAGCCUGCACUAUAAGAUUCGCAAGUCUCCAACCUCCUCUGACUUGGAGGGUCGUGUAGAGGACUGUUGGAGUUUUCUGCUACGCCAUUCUGCGCUGCUCUCUUCCUACCCUGCUCUUUUCAUCCAGCAGGCCUUCAACGAGCCUCCAGGCACCACUGCUCACACCUGGGCAAAAGGCCUGGUGGGAAAAGGAGGCAUCAGGGUAGUGGAAUGGCUGAACAAAGAUAAGACUGUUGCUGAGCCCAGUGAGCUUGUGUCGACCUUCUCCUCUGAACCAACCUGUGUGGUCAUGAGUCCAGACGGGGAGCUGAUGGUGGUUGGUACUGGAGAGGGAACGCUGCACGUCAUCAACACGCAGACGGGACAGAUGGUGAAGUCGCUGGAGAGCAGCUGCGAUGGCAUCUCGAGCGGCAUCUUUCUGAAGGAUGGACAUCUCGCCACGACGUCCUUUGAUGGACGUAUAGAGAUGUGGGACGUCAGUAGUGGCUGCAGGACUGCUCUCAUUGAGGGCCAUAAUAACACAAUAACAGCGAGUGAUGUGACUGCAGACGAUAAGCACCUUGCAACUGUGUCUCUGGACUUCACGCUGAAAGUCUGGUCAUCGGCUAAAGGUCAAGAGGUGGCUUCUCUGCCCAGCUCCAGUCCACUGAACUGUGUGACCUUUGAUCCCGAGGGUCGGCUGCUGGUUGCUGGGUGCUGGAAUGGGGAGGUGAUCGUGUGGAACUGGCUCCAGAAUAAAACUCAAUCUCCCCUGUCUGGUCACCAGCACUCAGUGCGUAGUCUCUCCUUCUCCUCCUCCUCCUCUUCCAUGCUCUGCUCCGGCUCCAUAUCUGGAGAGGUGCGGGUGUGGUCAGUGCCCACCUCCACCUGUGUCGGAUGUUUCCAGGCUCACCUUGGAGCCACUGAAGUCCUCACCUUCCUGGAUGGAGGAGCCAUGCUGCUCAGCGCCGGCUCAGAUCACACUCUCCAGCUGUGGUCAGGAGGACUCGGUCGCUCCAUCACUGAGUUAAAAAGUGAUCAAUGUGACCAGGAGCCUCCUCUGAAGAAACUGAAGACUGAAAACUCUGUCCCUGCUGCACUGUGCGUGGCUGUGAACGGACACAUUGCUGCUGUGGGAUACCAUGGCAAAGGCAUUAAAGUCUUUAACCUCGAGUCAGGUAAGCUGAUUUGGGCCUCCACGGUCAUGGAUUUGUCCAUCCUCUGCAUGUCGUGGGUCGUCUUGGAUGCAGAGCAGACCGAACCUGAGCUGCUGGUGUCUGGAGGAAGCGACAUACGCCUGAGAGUGUGGAAGAAAGAAAAAGGAGAGGACGGGGAGAUGAGCGGCCUGAAAAUGUUGGGAGUGUUUUCGGCGCAAUCAGGGGUCAUCCUUGCUCUGGCUCAAAACUCCACUUACCUGGCUACAGCUUCAGACAACUUCACCAUUGCUUUGUGGUUUUUGAGCAACUUGGCUGACGACCCCUGUGUUGAGCCUUACGCACUGCUGAGAGGCCACGAAGGCGGAGUCACAUGUCUGUCUUUCAGCCCUGACGGUGGACAACUGCUCUCUGGUGGAAAAGAUCAGGCCCUGAUGGUUUGGGACAUAAGAGCGUCUCCUCCGGUUCUUAUCAAGUCACUCCUUCACUCUCACAGAGACUGGAUCACAGGCUGUGUUUGGACUCCAGACUGUGUGAUUAGCUCCUCAAACGAUGGCAGGCUUUGUUUCUGGGAUCUGCAGGCAGGCCAACAGCUCCGGGAAAUCCCCUGGACGAGUCCUCUUACUUCAGUCUGCUGUCUGGAGCAGUUUGUGGUUUCUGGCUGUGCAGAAGGAGCACUGCACGUGUGGAACUGGAAAACUAGCACAGAAAUCUGCCACAUUCCUGCUCAUAAACAGCGUAUACACCACUGCUCUGUCCUCACUAGCACAAAUAAAAACAUAGAGGUAAACCCAGAGGAAAUGACUGUCGUGACCGCAUCUGAUGACAGCACGGUGCAGCUCUGGAAACCACUGCAGAUGCAGCACUUCAGCACCUUCCAUGGUCACAGCGGUGCGAUUCAUGGAGUUGUUCGCAAGGCAGGCGUCUCAGAAUUUCUCACGGUCUCUGAAGACUGCUCGUUGCGACGCUGGACAUGGACGAAAAAGAGUCCUGUCAGUGGCUCAGACCAUGUCACAGCUCUCUGCUUCUCUCAGAAAGAUGAAUUGUGUCUUGCUGGUUAUUCAUCUGGUCUGCUGGAGUUGUGGCAGCACAACACACUGGUUUGCCGCAAGCAGGCCUCAGACAACAGCAUCGCAGCGAUCUGCUCCAUGCCUCACAACCAGUUUGCCGUCAGCUACAUGAAAGGUAACGUUGAUGUUUGGAAGCUGGUGAGGAAUCAACAAAAUGGCACUGGAAGCCUGGUGAAGGUUACCACGCACGAUUUGAAAGAAACACUGGUCAAACUCUUCUUCUGCUCCGUUCUGAUCGGAGUGGACCAAAAGUCGCUGAUACUUAACCUUGAAAAUAGAUCGCACAAUUCAUACAACUGGUACAGCGAAGUUCGACCUUUGAGUUUGAUUCGCAAUGACGAGAAAAGUGUGUGGCUCGUUGGCGAAGGAGAUCGAGACGUUCACGUUGGCUUCAUUUUUGUCAUGAACCCUAAGGUUUCUCUCAGUUCAGCUUUCACCCAGAUGAACCUAAAUAGUGAGGAGGAGGAGGAGGAGGAGGAUGAGGAGGAGGAGGAGGAGGAGGAGGAGGAGGAGAAGAAGAAGAAGAAGAAGAAGAAGAAGAAGAACAAUGCGAUCGCCAUAACAGCUGCAACGGUGGAUGGAGAGUUUGUGGUGUGGGGAGACAUGAAGGGUAACAUGUGGUUCCGUCAGACGUCAGAGGGUUCGUCACCAUCAUCAUCAUCAUCAUGUAAAUCGGCUCACAGUGACAAGAUCAGUGUUCUCAGACUCACCAGCAGCACCAUCAUCUCAGCUUCUGUUGACAGGACGGUGAAGCUGUGGGACAGAAUCACCAAGAAACAGGUGGGGAUGUUUGUGUGUGGAGGUCCUGUCCUGUUUUUGGAGGUGAAUCCAGAAAAACCCACUGAACUUGUUUGUGCUGACGGGCAGGGAAAGCUGUACUUUCUCUCCUGGACGGAAUAAUUUGGGGAAAAGAAAGGAGGCUUCUUUGUUGCACUACAUCUAUAUAUGAAGGGAAACUUUUGGUUCAAUGGUGGUGGAUGUGCAAUAAAAUACAAUAUACAAUUAUAUAAGUUAUAACACAUUAUAUGGAAAUAUUUACAUCACAUACAAGUGUAUAAUCUAUGUUAUAGUUGCACUGCUGAGUUAUGCCAUGCUGCUACGUGCCUUUUUAUUUGGAUGAAUUAAAACUUGCUAAUGUAACAAGCAAGUAUAAAAAAAUGACAAGCAUAAAAAGUCAUGUUAUUUUCAUUUAUUGAUUAAAAAAUAGGAAUGUGGGAUAUGAAUAAUUUGAAGUGGCAUUUAAUUAUUAAUUAUGAAUUGUAAGUUCUUUGACAAUAAAGUAAUUGCACUUGA